UUGUAGCCAUGUGUACGUGACUAGAGACAUCGUGAUCCUUCAAAAAGUCGGAUAUUAAUAACCUGCUCUUUGUAAAUAGCUAAAUUUGCUCGGUCCGUAAAGGUAGGAGUACUACAUGACCUUAGUUUGAGUUAGGAUCUACGGCGCAUGCGCAGCUCUCGAGGGGAUACAGCGGAGUGGGGUUCGUUGCGAUAGCCUAAAGUUCUGUUACGCGACUGACAGCAAUCCAAAAUACGAUUCUCGCUAAAUCUCUUGGUACGGACCAAAAAGUGAGUGCAUGAGCCUCUUGCUUAUGAUACGUAAGCAAUAUUUGAAUAGUAAGAGCGGCUGGCGAGUGCGAGAAGAUAACUAGUGAAACAUCCAUGAGUAUUCCGUGUGGAUGAAGAUGAAGAUUUAGAUUUAGUAAGCGCUGUUCGGAAAUUGAGUAACGAGUUGUAAUUUAUGACAAGGAUUCAGUGUUAAAGAUCGCAGAACUUGUGAAUAUAAUUGACGCACGCUGCAUAUAAUAUUGCGAAAUGCUUAGUGAAAUCCUUUCCGUAAUUGGUACUACUUUUUUAAGUGGAUUAAUUCUCCUGGUAAUAUAUCACCUCAGGCGAUUGGAUCUGUACAAAAAAGCUUCAAAAUUCUGCGGCCCACCAACGUCGCCGUUUGUGGGAAAUGUUUUUCAAUUCUUGGGAAAUACCGAAGAUAUCUUCAACGAGGUCACCGAACUAUCACGUUUGUAUCCUUCACCUUAUCGCGUCUGGCUUGGGCCUCUGUUGUUGAUUUUCUUAUCUCGACCAGAGGAUGUCAAGACAGUUUUGAAGAGCGAGAAGGCGAUCGAGAAGGCCAAAGUAUACGAAUUUUUUCAACCAUGGUUGGGAAAAGGCUUGUUUACGGCGCCCGCGGAAAUAUGGCGUGUACACCGAAAGCUGAUCGGACCGACAUUUAAUUUAAAAAUUUUGGAAUCUUUUGUGGCUGUAUUUGCGGCCCAAUCGAACGUGAUGGUGAAGAAAAUGGAGGCUGAAUUGAACGGGGCGGAAUUUCCUGUUUUUGAUUACUUGUCGAAGUGCACUCUGGAUAUAAUAUGCGAAACCGUUAUGGGCGUGAGUAUGAAAGCCCAAAUUGAAAACGAAUGCAGCUAUGUGGAAGCGGCAGAAAAGACAUUCGCAAUUGUUUGCCAGCGAACAUUUAAAGUUUGGCUGCACCCGUCAGCAAUCUUCAAUCGUACUCAACUUGGAAGGGAACAAAAUAAACACAUAAAAACUAUGCAUAAUUUUACCAACAAUGUGAUUCGAAGAAAGAAGAAAGCUUUGCUCGAUCGAAAUACAGAAAAGGCUGCAGUCGGUGGGGAAGAUAACGAGGGUGGUUUACCUUCUCAAAGAAAGGCCUUUUUGGAUCUGCUGAUGGAGGGGACACACGAUAAAAUGAAAUUAUCAGACUCAGAGCUCCGUGAAGAGGUCGACACAAUGAUGCUUGCCGGAAAUGACACAACCUCCAACGUAAUCAGUUCCGUCAUGUUAAUGCUGGCUUUGCAUCCGGAUGUACAGGAGAAAGCGUAUCUCGAGCUUCGUGAAAUUUAUGGAAGCAGCGAUCCUGAGGACCGCAACGUGACACACGAUGACUUAGAGCGUAUGGAAUAUUUGGAAUACGUAAUCAAAGAGUCGUUGCGUGUAAUUCCAAUCGCAUCGUUGAUCUCUCGCACAUUAAGUGACGACUUGGACAUGGGUGAAUAUACUCUGCCGAAAGGAAGUUUGGCUGUUAUCGACAUUCUGACCAUGCAUAGAAACGAGGAAAUCUGGCCGGACCCGCUCAAGUUUGAUCCGGAUCGAUUUUUGCCAGAAGAAGCGGCUAAGCGUCAUGCUUAUAGCUACAUACCAUUCAGUGCGGGGCCGAGAAACUGCAUCGGCUUCAGGUUUGCCAUGAUGGAAAUGAAAACAGUCUUGGCAACAAUCCUCCGGAGAUACAUCAUUAAGAAAGAUAAAUUUGUACCGCUAGUUGACAUCAAGUUGAAAAUGGACGGUCUGACCAAACCAGUUGAACCAAUCAUGUUGCGAAUAGAAGAGCGAUUGUGAAUUAUCAUGAACCGCAAAUUGGGCUACGCCUAUUUGCGGUAUAUUCAAUGUAACCAUACAUCUGCUAUUCAAAAGACAAUGUUAUGUAUACCGAAUAUACGCCAUAAUAAUAUCGCGUCUAGCAUCAAUGUUGAUUGCUGUUGUAUGUUCCAACGAUAUCAUUUAAAUUCAUAUAUUCUGAUCCUUAACUUUUUCACUUAGAUAUGUCAAUGGCUAUUCGUUCUUCAUCGGCUACUUAUGGAUGCUUUAUGAUGUAACAUUAUGAACCCUCAUUAGUGUGAAAAACACACUUAACACUUAUAAGGAUUAAUGGAAAUAAAAAUUUUUCAACGAAGCUUUCGAUGUUGAUCGAACGAAGAUAAUGCUCAAGCAGCCGCAUGCAAAUUGAGCCAAUGCACUAGCCGCUGUAGUGAUAAUUGACUUCCAUGCUGCAUAUUCAUGAUAUUGUUUUAUUGGUUGGAAUCUAUACGGCAAUCGAUGCUGUUGUUUACAACUAGAUCUUGUCAUUAUGAAUUAAUUCCAUCAUAUUUCCCAAACUAAAUGCAAGCCCAUAUUCGUUCUAGCAUAAAAGUUUCCUUUUUUUUACGAAGCAUUUACUAACCAACAGUGAUUUUACUAAUCCGGAGAUUAUCGGACGAGUAAUUUUUCGUGAGCAAAUUACGAUUCUGUAAAGUGUCUUUUUUGCAACGCUUUACGAUGUACUAGAAGUAAAUUCAACUGAAAAGUAAGUGUCAAGGUUAGGUCGAGAUAGUCUGGAAUGUCCCAUUUGUAUUCAAGGUUGACCUUACUUCCUUCCUAAUUGAUUAUUUAAGUUUCGCAAUUGCGCAAUGAUCUAAUUUGGCUGAGCUUCAAUCGUCAAAUCAUCGCUUGUCUCAUCCUGUACUCCACAUUGGAAGAAAAAAGACCAAUGAACUGGAUCAGUAUCGGUUAAAAAUCACGUGUCUAAUGGUGUAAGGACGUAUGAGCUAUUAAACGAUCUUUUACUACGCACAAAGGUGAAAAGGCGUAUUUUUUACCCCUUUGUAUUGACGCGAAAAACGUGAGGACGCAUUCAAAAACAUUAAAAUUAAAAAGUAAAUCAUUUAAUAGUAAAGGGUCGUAAGUACUGUCGGUUACGCCUUUCAAAGUGCUCAUAAAGACGCGUUCCACACCUUGAAAACGCGAGGAUGU